AUGGAGGAGAACUCGCCCAUUAUUGUCACUACGAACGGCCCCAAAGGCAAAGAUAUCACGAUUGAAACCGCUGCCCCCGUGUCAAGCCUCGGAGUUGUCACUCUCCCUCCGACAAGAACGUAUCCCUUCGACACCGUCUUUGGGCCCGAAGCCGACCAAGCGUUGGUGUACCAUGAAGUUGUUAGCCCAAUGUUGGACGAGGUGCUCAUGGGCUAUAAUUGUACCUUGUUCGCAUAUGGGCAGACCGGUACAGGAAAGACCUUCACCAUGCAAGGCGAUCUAUCCACCACGCCGAUGGGAAAUCCCUCACCACAAGCGGGCAUGAUUCCGCGAGUCCUCUUCCGUCUGUUCCAUCACCUCGAGUCCUCCGGAUCGGAUUACAGCGUGAAGAUAUCAUUUAUCGAGCUCUAUAACGAAGAACUUCGUGACCUACUGGCCCCCGAACUCGCUGCGCCCGUCGGUUCGACGCAGCCCAUGGGAAUGGGCGCCCAGAAAGACAACUCGGGACAGGGCAACCUCAAGAUUUUUGACGACGCGAGCAAGAAAGGUGUCUUCAUCCAGGGCCUCGAAGAUGCCUGUGUCAAGGACGCCGCGGAUGCACUCGCGUUACUGACCAAGGGCAGUCAGCGGAGGCAGAUCGCAGCUACGAAGUUCAACGACCAUUCCAGUCGUUCACACUCGGUGUUCUCCAUCACGGUACACACGAAGGAGACAUCUUCAAUGGGCGACGAUCUGCUCAAGGUCGGGAAGCUGAAUCUCGUCGACUUGGCAGGUUCAGAGAACAUCGGGCGAUCUGGCGCAGAGAACAAACGAGCUCGCGAGGCAGGUAUGAUCAAUCAGAGCUUGCUCACGCUUGGGCGAGUCAUCAAUGCUCUUGUGGACCGAUCCACGCAUGUGCCCUACCGCGAAUCCAAAUUGACCCGACUACUACAGGACUCCCUCGGAGGCCGCACCAAGACUUGUAUCAUCGCUACCAUCUCUCCUGCACGAUCCAACAUGGAAGAGACCCUCUCGACACUCGAUUAUGCUAUCCGCGCGAAGUCCAUCCGUAACCGCCCUGAGGUCAACCAACGGAUGACACGUAACUCCUUGCUCAAGGAGUACGUUGCUGAGAUUGAGCGUCUCAAAGCGGAUGUUCUCGCCGCGCGCGAGAAGAACGGCAUCUUCUUCGCGGAGGAGCGGUGGAACCAGAUGAUGGCGGAGCAGGAGCUGCGUGACACCGAGAUGCAGGAAGCGCGCAAACAGGUCGAGGUGGUCGAGAGCCAGCUCCGGAACGUCCGCGAUGAGUUCGAGCAGAGUAUCGCCCUGCUGAUGAAGAGGGACGGUGAGCUGAAGGAGACGCGGGAGAAGCUCCAGGCUACUGAGGGCGAGUUGGAGGUGAAGGAGACGCAGUUGAAGGUCGUCAAGGGUGCGUUGGAGGAGGAAGUUGUGGUUCGGCAAGCGCACCAGGCCACGGAAGGCAGGCUCGACGACGUUGCUACAGGUAUGAAGAAAGUUGCUCAAGAGAGCUUGAGCGACCUCGGAUGCCUGCACAACAAGCUCGAGCGUAAGACGACUGUCAUGAACUCGAACACGAAGGCUGUCUCCUCAAACAGCAAGAUCCUUACGAUGCAAGCGCAGGCACUGUCGACGAAACUUGACGCAUUCAUGAAGACGUCUACCACGCACGUCCAAAGGCUACGCUCCGGGUCCGAAGAAUUCCAGACGAAAGAGCGCGAGGCACUGGCCGCGAUCUCUCAACGGAUCAACGAGCAGCUAGAGAAGGUCCGGGAAGCGCUCCAGACUAUCCACGCUCGCGAAGAAGCGUCUGGCAGCGCAGUGGAGACAAUCCAGAGUGCUAUCCAGGAGACGCAGGAAAGCGUGAAGAAGGGUUUUACGGCAUGGACGGAGGAUCUGCGUCAGCAAUGCGAGGCAAUGUGUCAAGAAGCUGAGGCGUCCAGUAUGGCGAGCUGUGCUAGCGUAGAGACAGCGUUCAAAGCGUUGGGCAACGUCACUGACACCGUUCUCCGAGAGGCGCAGACCUACGUUGCGUCGGAGCGCAAGUUGCUGCAGGAGGCCAAAACCCUGGCCGCCAACACCACAAACGCAGAAAUCCUCCGGCUACAGCAACAAAACGCCCUGCUCACACGACUGCUUGAGGCCGAGAAGACCAAGGCAGAUCGCGCGAAGGACGAUAUGUUGAAGCGUAUCUCUGGGCUUCUGGGCGACUUCACCGCUGAGCGUGACCGUAGCCUGAGAGAGGCGUUCUCGGCAAUGACGGAGAGCAAUGCAUCUGCUGAGCAAGAGAUGGUGCAGCUGGGCCAGGAGCAUGGCAAGCGUCUGGAGGAUGUCGUUGGCCGUGGCAAGCAGUGGAGCCUGGACUUGGAGAAGCGAGGAGCAGAAGGCAAGAGGACAAGAGACGGCGGCAUCAAGACCAUCAAUGCUGCUCGUACCGUCAUCCGCAGCGGCUUCUCCGACGUACAAAGUUCAGUAUUAAGCUCCACCUCUCUGUAUACUGAGAGCUUGAAGCGCCAGACGCAUGAGUUGGGCACGACUUGCAACGAAGCAUUCGAUCGCGUGUCUCGGGCCAAGAGGGCGAGAAUCGAAGCCACCGACUCAUUAGCUGCUGAUGCGCAGUCGACAUACCGCUAUGUCCAACGUGGCAUCUCGUCGACAUCGCGGAACAUUGAGGCCUCGACGAGUCGGAUAGCAGGGGAAAGCUCUGGUCUAUCUACUGCAACCGAUACCUACGGUUCGGCUGCUAGUGGACACCUAGCAACUCUCCGACAAGCCACUCAGUCCCUCAUCCAGGACGGGAUGCGGGAAGACAUGCCCACUGGAGCGACUCCACGGAAACGGAGUUGGGACUAUGAAGACCAGUGGGAGCUCACGAAGAGCAGGGACGCACUGCUGAAGGAGUGGAGGAGGAGAGGGCACUCUCAAGCCAAGAGCGAGACGUUCCUCGCGGAACACCUGCCCUUGCCUGACGGCGAGGAGCCAGAGGGAGAAUCGGAAGAUGAAAUGGUCGUCGACUCCGGAACUCCCGAGGAGGUGGUAGAGGAGAGCAUCACGCCGCCCGCUGAAGACCUUCCUGGACCACCACCACAAGUGAAAUCCCUCUCGUCUUCAGCAUCCUCGGCAUCCUCUUCGAUACCCCCGCCUGUUGCUGGACUCAAGAAGCCGACGCAGGGAGUUUUCAGUAAGUCAGGGCUCCCACCUGUGGGAACGUUGACUGAACGGUCGACAAACGUGAUAGUGGCAAGAGGAUCUCGCAGGACUCAGCGAUGA